AUGUUAUCACGUUAUUUUAUCACGCCUACCAUAUGGACAUGUGUAGACUGCACCAGUAAAUUUAGGAAAGCAAUAGAACGUUUCCGCAAAUACGACCUUCCUUGGAGAGUAAACGAUGCUGAAAUUGGAUUACGCUGUUCUCUUUUAAUGAUGCGGAUGGAAAGCACCUACUUCCAGCAAUAUGCAGUAAAUCAAUAUAGUGGAUUCAUAGACCCUCAGGACCUGGCUGUGAUUGUCCAGAAAGCGAUGGACAAAUUACCAGAUGUUUUGAACUUUAACGGUUCAGAUUCUGAAUUCCUUGAUAAUCUUGCCAAUUUUGGUAAGGAAAUCAUUUUGGAGAUGAAGCCAGCCUUAAAAAAAGCUCAGGACUUGGUUUGCUCACCAAGCGAAUGUGAGAACUUGAAAGAAAUGGUCGACUGCGGUCAAUGCAAAAUUGUGUUCAAGUCUUUAUGCCUAGUAGGAGAUGCAUGUGCAGUUAAUCGAGAAAAACGAGUGCUGAUGGAGACUACUGACAUUGAAGAAACUGGAAAGAAACUUAAAUUAAUAGCACUGGUCACUGCAACAGUUAUAGGAAUAAUAUUCCUUGUACUACUUAUAACAAUUGCUGUAGUUUAUUCACUGUACACAAAGAAAGAAAGAGAAACAUAUACAGUUGAAGACGUGUAAGGGCAUCUGGAAAUUGGACCAUGCAGACUGAUACCCCUACAAAAAUGAACAUUAGAGAUUAAAGAGCAGUACAAAGUUUGACACUUCAUAUACACUAAAU